AUGCUCCACCUGAGCGACUUCUCCGGCCCCGACGCGCACCUCGCCAAGGCCACCGAAGGCUGCGUCCACGCCAGCCCCGAGCUGCCCCGGCUGCCCGCCCGGGACGCUCCCUCGGCCGCCACCUAUCCUGCAGGCGACUUCUUGAGCUGGGCUCUGAGCGGCUGCGGCGCCGGGGGGGACUUAGCCGACUCCUGCUUCCUGGAAGGCCCCGCACCCACGCCCCCUCCGGGCCUCAGCUACAGCGGCAGCUUCUUCAUCCAGGCGGUCCCCGAGCACCCGCACGACCCGGAGGCCCUCUUCAACCUCAUGUCGGGCAUCUUGGGCCUGGCACCCUUUCCCAGCCCCGAGGCGGCCGCGUCUCGGUCCCCGCUGGAUGCCCCGUUCCCCGCGGGCCCCGAUGCCUUGUUGCCGGACCUUUACUCCCCGGAUCUGAGUUCAGCCGCCUUCCCGGAGGCGUUUUGGGAGGCCGCGCCUUCGGCGGGAGCCCCCUCGCAGUGCCUGUUCGAGCCCCAGCUCUCCCCGCCCGACGUCAAGCCGGGGCUCCGGGCGCCUCCCGCCUCGCCGGCGCUGGACGCUGCCUCGGCCUUCAAAGGGCCGUACGCCCCCUGGGAGCUGCUGUCUGCGGGGGCCCCGGGGAAUGGUGGGUCACAGGGAAGCUUCCAGGCCACUCCCGAGGCCCGUUUCCCCGCGGUAGGGACCAAAGUUGAGGACCUGCUGUCCAUCAGCUGCCCCGCCGAGCUGCCGGGCCCGGCCACCAGACUCUACCCGGCAGGGGCUUACGACGCCUUCUCGCUGGCCCCGGGUGACUUAGGGGAGGGGACCGAGGGCCUCCCAGAGUUGCUGACCCCUCCUGGUGGGGAGGGAGGGAGCGGUGGAGAAGGCGGUGAGUUCCUGGCCACCUCGCAGGCGCAGCUGUCCCCGCUGGGCCUGCGCAGCGCCGCCACGGCGGACUUCCCCAAACCCCUAGUGGCCGACCUCCCGGGGGGCAGCAGCGGAGUGGCCCCAUCGGUGUCGCCCGCCGCCGCCGCCUUUCCCGCGGGCAAGGGCCGGCGCAAGGGACGCCGGGGUGGCAAGUGCAGCGCGCGCUGCUUCUGCCCGCGGCCGCACGUCAAGGCCUUCGCCUGCCCGGUGGAGAGCUGCGUGCGGAGCUUCGCCCGCUCCGACGAGCUUAAUCGCCACCUGCGCAUCCACACGGGUCACAAACCCUUCCAGUGCCGCAUCUGCCUGCGCAACUUCAGCCGCAGCGACCACCUCACCACGCACGUGCGCACCCACACCGGCGAGAAGCCCUUCGCCUGCGACGUGUGUGGUCGCCGCUUCGCGCGCAGCGACGAGAAGAAACGGCACAGCAAGGUGCAUCUGAAGCAGAAGGCGCGCGCCGAGGAGAGGCUCAAGGGCCUGGGCUUCUACUCGCUGGGCCUCUCCUUCGCCGCUCUCUGA